UCUACUAUCACCUGACUAUGACUGUGUGAAUCUCAGUAGAACUCCACGAACAGUUCGUGACGACUCAGUGUUCAUUGUUGGAAGAACGUCGAAACGAGAGUAUUCACGUUGUUUCCCUUUAAACGAGUACGUCGUUUGAACAGAAAAUAUGUUGUUCUUUGGAGUAUUGUCUAUUCUUUUGGCAGUUGCCUCUGCUGAAUUCUGUUAUAGCGAUGUGGAAGGAGCAUGUAGUACAAAGCCCACAUCAAAUGACGGGGCAUUGGUUCAAAAUUGUAAUGCAAAAUAUGGAGCUAUUGAUGCGCUUCAAGCUGAUCUUCAAUCAUAUGUAAAUGCUAAUAUAGAGUCUAGUUUUGAAUUUUUAUUAAUGUCAAGUUAUUUUGGAAAUUUUGAGGCUCAACGCGAAGGAUUUAAAAAGUUAUAUCGUAAACAUUCAGACAAAACAUGGGAAGACGCAAUUGAUUUAAUGAAAUAUAUUGCUAAACGUGGUGGUAGAAUGAACUUCAAUCAGUUACCACGUUUCACAAAAUCUGCGAAGGAAAGCAGAGUAUUAGAAUUGAAUGAAAUUAACAGCUUAGCUAGGGCACUUGAUACUGAAAAACAACUUGCAGAGGAAGCAAUGCGUAUUCAUGCCCAGGCACAUCCUCACAAUAAGCAUGAUGCAAGUGUUGCUCAUUAUAUUGAGGAACAAUUCUUUGAAUCACAGACAGGGCAUGUACGAGAUUUAGCAGGCUAUACAAAUGAUUUGAAGAAUUUAUUAACUGAACGCGAUCCAUCUGUAUCUGUAUUCUUGUUUGAUGAAAUCCUUAAGAAGAGUUUGUAAAUUGUUUGCAACCAAAGUUAAAGAAAUAACAUCAAAUUUUACAUUUAUUCUUAUUAAAAUAUUACAAAAAAGUAUAUUUCUUUUUUAGUUAUAUAAAGUUCUACAUGUAGAGUUAAUUAAUAUACUGUAUAAUGUUUUUUUGACAUCUUUCAUACAAUAAAGUAUAUAAUUUGGUAAA